AUGGACUUUCUUGCUGAGCUGCGGAGCUGUGAUGACCGGCUAGCUGCAGCCGAACCCUGUGCUAUCGAUAUUGACAGCAGUAUGAUCGAGGAACCCGAAGAGGUGAUUGCUGCUUUACGGGCUACAUACGAGAGCCUGGACCGGUUCAAGACGCUGAAGGACGCCCAAACACUGACCGACGCCCGGUGCACCAUGAAAUCUAUCAAAGAGAGGGUCGAACGACUUAGCGAUCAUGUCGCAACUUGGCUGUCAUACCAUGAUAACGACGGAUACCUGUCAGGAGACGACAGUGUAAACAAUGUGAGCACUGCGCAGGUAAGUCGCAUCCGACUUGAUUGCCUGGAGCAAACAGUGGCAUUUGGAGUAAAAAUGGCCGUGGCUGCUGAAAUCAGCGAAAUAUCGAACGUCUUGUCGUCUAUUGACGCGACAGUAGACGAAUGCUGCACGGGGCUGGCUGUAGUAAACCAAACAGCUACUCAAAGUCAGGCCCCGGGAAAUUUGGUACAAAUCCCAGACUCGGCGUCCCCACAGGCGCCUAUUUAUUGCGACGAGGACAUUGUUCUGAAUCAGAAGUUGUCCCGUCUUCGAUCACUCACCAAAGCUCUACAGCAGAGUGUACAAUUUAUUCCUACCCGUAUGGACAUUUUACAGAGCCGAGCCCAGGAACAUUUGCCCAAGAGUUUUGAAGAUUUAACCGCCCAUUUCGAGCUUCUCAAUACCCGAAUCCGGAAUUUGAUCAAGGACUUUGAAGCCACCGAUAGCCGCCUAACUCAUGAUUCAUGGAUACCCAUUAUCGCCGAAUCUGGUGACCCGAGGGUGCGAAACUAUGCUAAACUGAGAGGUUUCAGGGACCAGUCCCCAGAGAAACCUGCCCGUGACGCCAUUGCACUUUUCAGAGGGCUGAAACCACCCCGACCCAAACUUGGACCCUUUCUACCUGUGAUUCUGCCUGCCUCACCGCCCUCAUUCACUUCAGGUAGCGAUAGUCACUCGCCGUCUAUUUCCUUUGACACAAGUGAAGAGGAGCUGGACUUUUUCUCGAGCAGCCCACUGAAAGGUAAAGGAGCGACAAACGGUAACACACUCUAUAUUCCACGGACCAGAGAAUCGCGCAGCAAGCUCAUGAAACCAACGCAAAUCAUUAAAGGUAUGUUCGCUCGGCGAACCAUUCAGCACGUCGCUGCACCAGUCCCUAAACCAACCAGCCGUUUGCAACCGCCAACGCCAACCAGCGUGAGCAUAGCACCAUUGUCGCGGCGCUUUUCCUCAUUGGAGCUUCGCUGCCAACAAAUCUACAGCGGCAUUCCUACCCCACGAUGCUCGAGCUUAUGUACGAAAUAA